GCGCACGUCCCCCCGCCGGUGCCCCCGCCGCCCCCGCCGGCCCCAUGUCCGCGCUGCCUGCCGCCCCGCUCCGCUCCCCGGGGCCUCCGCUGCGGCCGCCCCGGGCCAAGAAGGACGAGUCCUUCCUGGGCAAGCUCGGAGGCACUCUGGGCCGGAAGAAGAGAGCCAAGGAGGUGAGUGACCUCCAGGAAGAGGGUAAGAAUGCCAUCAACUCUCCGCUGACGCCUGCCACAGUGGACAUCCACCCUGAGGACACUCUCCUUGAAGAGAAUGAGGAGAGGACCAUGAUCGACCCCACCUCCAGGGAAGACCCCAAGUUCAAAGAAUUGAACAAGGUUUUAAUUGACUGGAUUAAUGAUGUCCUGGUGGAGGAGAGAAUCAUUGUCAAGCAGCUGGAGGAGGAUCUGUAUGAUGGGCAGGUGCUGCAGAAGCUUUUGGAAAAGUUAGCCGACCGCAAACUGAAUGUGGCUGAGGUGACGCAGUCAGAGAUAGGCCAGAAACAAAAGCUGCAGACCAUCCUGGAGGCGGUUUACGAUGUCCUGCGGCCCCAUGGCUGGGCCAUCAAAUGGAAUGUGGACUCAAUCCACGGAAAGAACCUUGUGGCCAUCCUCCAUCUCUUGGUCGCACUGGCCAUGCACUUCCGAGCCCCCAUCCGGCUUCCUGAGCACGUCUCCGUGCAGGUGGUGGUCGUCAGAAAGCGGGAAGGCCUGCUGCACUCGGCCCACGUGGUGGAAGAGCUGACCAGCACCACCGAGAUGAUGAUGGGAAGAUUUGAACGAGAUGCCUUUGACACGCUCUUUGACCAUGCACCUGAUAAGCUCAGUGUGGUGAAGAAGUCUCUUAUCACAUUUGUGAACAAACACCUUAAUAAGCUGAACUUGGAGGUGACAGAACUGGAGACGCAGUUUGCAGAUGGCGUCUACCUGGUUUUGCUCAUGGGCCUGCUGGAAGGGUACUUUGUUCCUCUCCAUAACUUUCACUUAACCCCAGAGAAUUUUGAUCAGAAGGUGCACAACGUUUCAUUCGCUUUUGAACUCAUGCAAGACGGAGGACUCAAGAAACCAAAGGCUCGCCCAGAAGGAGAAAAGAAGAAAUAUUUACAGCCUGAAUCACGAAAGAACCCGAAAUUCGAAGAGCUACAAAAGGUCUUGACGGAGUGGAUCAAUAGCACCCUUUACCGGGAACACAUAGUGGUCCAAAACUUGGAGGAAGACCUGUUUGAUGGGCUUGUUCUGCAUCAUCUCCUUCAGACGCUCACGUCUGUCACAUUGGAGGUUGAAGAGAUUGCCUUGACUGCCAGCAACCAGAAGCGGAAGCUCGCCAUCGUGUUGGAAGCACUGCACCAGUGUUUGCAGCUAGAGGAGAGCUCGGCCAAAUGGAAUGUGGACAGCAUCUUCAAUAAGGACUUGUUGGCCACUCUCCAUCUUCUGGUGGCCAUGGCCAAGCACUUCCAACCUGGCCUGUUCCUCCCUGCAAAUGUCCAAGUGGAAGUAAUAACAAUUGAGAGCACCAAGAAUGGAUUAAAGUCUUCAAAGUCUGUGGAGCAGAUCACCGACUGCAACAUGGAUUCAGAUCAGCAGUCAAAAGUCGACAUCUUUGAUGAAUUAUUUAAACUUGCCCCAGAGAAAGUGAAUGCUGUCAAAGAGGCAAUCAUAAAGUUUGUCAACAACAAGAUGGAGCGUUUGGGAUUGUCUGUGCAAAAUAUUGAUACCCAGUUCGCAGAUGGGGUUAUUCUGAUCUUGUUGAUUGGACAGCUUGAAGGCUAUUUCCUGAACUUGAAAGAUUUUUUUCUGACCCCCAGUUCUCCUGCUGAAAUGCUGCAUAAUGUUAACCUGGCCCUGGACCUGCUGAAGGAAGGAGACCUGCUCAAUUAUCCAGUCAACCCCGAAGACAUCACCAAUGGGGAUACCAAAGCUACUCUGAGGGUGCUCUACAGCUUGUUUUUCAAACAUAAGAUGAAUAAGACCCCUGAGGAGACAAAGGGUGAAGCUGGAAAUUAGGAGUCCUUGAAGGUGGUACUCUCCUGAAGUGGUCUGUAUUUCAGCCAAUGCAAUCUUUGCGUGUGUAUUUAAUCCUUGAAGGAACAGGGAUCUGUGGAAGUAAAUUGGGUGAGAAGUGGUGGCAUGGUCUGAAAUCUGGGAAUCUGCUUAAGUUUCAGCUGAGGAUUUAUAUCCCCAAUAAAUAUGAGCUUACCUCUGAAA